CAAAGUGUUGGUUCCAACAGAAGGAGUCACUCACUUCUCACCUUGAAUUAAUGGGAUGCAAAUCAGCUGUGGUUUUCAAUGGAACAUGUUUUUUUUUCUUUCUCUCUCUCUCCAUGUGUUUUUAAAAUUUUGAUUGAUGAACGUUGUGGUGACUAAGGAUGAAUGGAGUUAGUAAAUUCAUUCAUGUGUGUGCCUGUUCUACAAACCAGUCUGCAUUAAAAAAAUAAUGUUUUGGACUAAAUUAGUAAUGGGUGUGAAGAAGUUUAAUUUUUCUCUAUAAUUAAUCGUGGUAUCUCAUUAGAAAUCUUUACAGUCAAAGGCGGCCCGGGGUGAUUCAACAGGUACUUAUUUUUUGAUGCCACUGAUGCAUGUGCAGUACGCGGUGUUGCUCUGGGAAAAGAUUCAGCGUGAAAAAAAAAUACAUUGUGCUCCAAGGAUGUGAGAGAAAAAAGCGGGUCGAAGGCAGUGCAGUACUGCGCUCUGUGACACUGGUGUUGUUGUCUUCUUAAUGUGUAUAAGUUCAUAUCUCCCAUUAGUCAACAGACAGAGCUACAGUGGUUUGUACAGGGAAAAAUACCUGCUCAGUAAUUCAUAGACAGUGUUCUUCAGGACUUAGUCAGGAAGUGUCACCUUUAUAUACUGUUAGUGAUUGUGAAAGUCAUGACUGAGCCUAGUUAGUGCAUUUAUUACUAUUAGUAUAAUGGCCUGAUUGAUGGCUAGCUCACACUGAGGAGGUAAGGAGUUAUCAGUGGGACAUUUUAACGAUGGAUAAAUGCCUUCCCGUGAUAGACCUAUUCAGCAAUGGACACAAGGACAGCAGGCCGGUGUCGGAGGAGGUUUCCUCCCCCAUUAUCUGGGAGGAUAUGAGCGUCUACUACCUCCGACAGCUGGCGUCUAGUUUACAGGAUCAUGAUCUUCAGCAAAAGAUCGACCAUGAAAUCAAGAUGCGAGAGGGGACUGCCAAAUUGUUGGCGGCAUCCAAACACCCCGCCCAGAUGCUGGAAGCCGCCAAAAACCUGCUCACAUCCAACACCCGCAUAAUGACCUACAUGACAGAACUUCAGCGUCGCAAAACCGCAGAGGUGCUAGGAAAAAAUGUAUCAACACUUGGCAACCAGCUACCAUGUAAAGCUAAAGUCAGUAUUUCUGAUAUUCGCAUUCCAUUGAUGUGGAAAGAUACAGACCAUUUCAAGAAUAAAGGAGAUUACAGACGGUAUGCGGUUUUCUGUUUGCUGAGGAUUGGAACCGAUAUUUAUGAGACGUCCAUGCUGAGCAAUGUAGAUCGCAGUAUGACUGAUCUCACAUUUGAUGACAUUAUGGUUUUCAAUAAUGUCCCCCAUGAUUUCACGUGUAAAUUCGAGGUGUAUUGUCACAAACUUCAUGAAGAUCUCACCAUUGCGAGCACACCCAAGAAGCUUCGCAAGAAGAUCAACGAUUUGUCAGGGUCUGUUGGGCGCAGUGUCGGGAAACGCCUGUCGGGAUUGAAUGACUCAGACAUUAUAGGAAACAUGGUCCUGGGUCCUCGUUUUGAGCUGAUGGCCAGUGGAACUAUGGAGCUGAAAGAUGUGAGCGAUUCCAUUGGGAACUUUGACCUACAGUUGACCUCUGGUGCUGACCUCGCAACCUGUGAACUCCCCCUGUUUGGUGUUUACUGUCUGAGAUUGGCUAGUCAGCCAGAGUGUCUAGUGGAGCCCAUUGUCUCCGGAAACCUCAAACUUGUGGAGGAGGAUAAAGCUAAGCCGUUCUGGUGUGUGUUAAAGAACCUCUCUCUCUCCUGCUGGUCCUGUAAAGAAGACAUGGAGGUCACAGAGCCACUGCUAGUGAUCCCUGUUACCAAGAAUACUCAGAUCAGUGAUUCAGAUCCCAGUAAGAGCUCAGGAACAGAACACACGUUCCACAUCAUGACAAAACAGAGGGGUGGAUCCCGGGAAUACACAUUGGCGGCGGAGUCCAAAGACGAAUUGGCCCAGUGGUGGGACGGACUCCAGCAACAUCUACUGGAUCAAGCUCUCUGGAAGCAUGCCUGUGAUUACCUUAUGGAGAUCAAAUCUCCUUCACCUCACAAAAAACCCGCCUUCUUAAGGAAAUCCUCUAUUUAUGAUGAUACUCCAUUAGCAGACAAAGCCAGUUCAAGACCCAGAAGUGUUGUAAAUGACAUCAAGAAAGAAGAUGACCAGCUCAGCCAAAUGUUGAACACACUGAUGGGUGAAGCCAAGCAGAUUAGGGGAGAUAACCCAUACACAACAACAGUGUAGGGGAGAAAGAGUUAUCUCUCUUCGACCAUAACCCAUUCCUUACAAUACACCAUGUUGUGUUCAACAGGACAAAAUAUUUAAAAGUGCUAUAAAGUAUCUACUGAUAACCAGGACAAAUACUCUGUACUCCAGUGCAAUUCAUUGUAUGUAGAAGCAUCUGUGUACUGGGUAACUGCACACCUUAGUGCUAGUAUGUUACAGUAUUUAAUGUACAUAUUUCUAAAAACCAAGUGAUUGUGAAUGAAAGAAGACUGUUACGCGUUUGUGAAAUCGUGUUCAUCAAAUUUUGGACCAAAGAAUCCUAUGUAAAUGGCAUUCAGAGAAACUGGUUUGUGUGCUUGGUUGUUUUUUUUUUUUCAUGAAGCAAGUUAAUUUUUGUUAAUAGUACAUGUAUAUGAACUAGUCAAAGAAAAUUUUUGAGAAGGCAGCUUGUUUGAUAACUGUAAUAUAUUUCAGAUGUAUCAAUUUUCAAAGUAUUGUAAAAAUAAAGGAUAAAUUUAAGGAAGAAUAUUUUUUGAAAUUUGAGAAAUUGACUAAAAUGCCACUGUUUUAUCAGCUAUCAUUUCCAUAAAUUGAUUUUUAGCAACACUUUUACUAGAAAAA